UAUAAGGAAGACCACGGGGAACGGACCAUUGUGGAGUCAGAACCGGGCCCGGAAAGGCUGAAGAGCUCAGAAACACAAGGCGAGCCAGCAGAAGCAGCCGCGACCAAACUCGCAGCCUGCUGUCAUGGAGACGGCCGUGUGGUUCGUCCUCCUGGGCUUCCUGGCCGUGGGUGGAGUGGGACACGAGCUCCAGGACGACAGGCAUCUGGAGUCCAGCGACGGCCGGCACGGUGACCCGAGAGACAGCCUGACGGAGACGCCCGCGGGGGCCCUGGUGAGUGCAGCCCUGGUACCGGGAUUACACCAGAGCCUCUCCGAAAAUAUCAUCCAAACAGACUCCACAAUUCAAGCUACAAUUUUCACAGACAGUGACAAUAAUGGGAGACACGGACUGGACGAGCGCGUCCUGACAGCCGUGCUGCGCUCGCUUUUCCAAGGGUUCGAGAGGAGUGACCGUAACCCCUCGAUCCUCUACCAGCCACAGAGGUUUGGGCGUGGUGCAAGAGGAGGUCUGGGUUCCUACGGGCGAAUGCACUCUCAGGACUGGGAGAUGGCACCGGGGGAGAUAUGGAGCAUGGCUGUGCCACAGAGGUUUGGCAAGAAGUAGGGAGGAGGCGAAAGAGAGCUGAGAGUCAACUGCAGGGGAGCGGGAAGAAUUCAAACACCAUGAAUAAAACAUCCACACAUUCAUUAAAAAUGAUCAGACCUCUGUCUCCAAACAUUUCAGUGCCACACCUGAAGCCACGCCCACCUUCCCCCUGGCCAAUGACAGCGCUCUACUGCAACCACACCCACUGACUCAUAAGCUGGUCUAUGAGACCAGGAAAAAAAAAAGUCAAGAAUGGAAUAAUACUGCAUUUGCUGUAAAUAGGCUAUUGAUUGCAUCCAAUAACUGACAAACUCCUUCCUGUGUUUGUUCAAUGGAAGCUUGUAAUGUGUAUUCCUGUCCUGUGUACCUCACUGGUAAACCAGCAAGAAAGAUACUUCCGCAAGACAGCUGGUCUUCCUUUGUCUUUGACGACUCAUCUGACAUCACAAAGGGAAGCGAUCACGUCUGCUUAUGAAACACUCCCUGUAACGUGUGUUCGUAUGUAUAAAUUUAUAU